UUACUUCCGGGAAGGGGUGGGGCUUAUGCAGAAUUUCCUGUCAGUUUUGAGAGAGACGCCGAGUUCAGAGUUGUCAAGGGAAAAUGCGAGGCUCUUGUAAUAAAAGGUGACCAGACUGUGACUUUUGAUGGUGAGCACAGCCUGGCUGGAGUCCUCCAUGAGGCGCUCACGCAGACUGGGCCUGGAGGUGCUGGAGCGAGCCUCCAGAAGAAGCGUAGACUGGACCAGCAUCGGUGCUUCCCAGACCCCCACUACUGCUGACAAAGACGCCCACGUAUCAGUGAAGAGAACUCACUCGGAGCUCGAUGAUGCUUUUGAGUCUAUCGCAGAGCUCAUGGUUCAGACAGCCUGUCAGUGCAAGAGGUAUUAUGAUUCUGCUCGCUGCUCUGAGCCCAGCGACACAGAAAAGACCCACAUGUCCAGGUUCCACUCAAGACCAAGAACCAGGAUAUCAACCAAGAAACAGGGUCCUGUUGGCAAAGCAGAGGAGGAUUUUUCCAUCGAGGUCUCACCUGGAACGUACGCCAUCACUGCCAGUUUACCGGAGUCCCAGCAGCAGACUCAGCUGGUCCGUGUUGAAGCUGGGGAGAGCGUCAGCCUCACCUUUAACCUUUGACACCUCACAUGACCGACCCAGUCUGAAGCUUCAAUAACAAAAACUGACCAACUCUGCUUUGUUGUUUAUUGCUUGUUUUGCACAGAUUUAUGCACUGAGAACUUUUCUUUAAAGAUAUUUAAUUAGCUUCAUGUCAUAUUAAUGACAUCUUUAUCUGCUUUUUAUUUAGAUUAUUUUAAAACAGUGCACAACAUCAUGAAAUACAUUUCUGCACUAGUCCAAAAUCAAUGUUUUACAAUAAAGUAUUUUUUUAAGGAUUUUA